AUGAAAAGCAAGCAUUAUGAGUUGGAGGACGAAGAAUUUUUUGUUAAUGCAGUUUUGAACGAAAAGGAGAUGUUUAGUGAGAGUGACUGGAAUUUUGAUGGGAUGACAAGCAGUUCGGAUGGAAUAUGCGACAGUAUACAUGAUGAAGAAUCAGAUAGCGACAUUGAGCUUGUGGGCGUGUCCAAUGUAUCUGGAGACAAGCAUUUUGGUAUGAAAGGAGAUGACACAUCAUCUGGCAGUAAAAUAAGAACAGGAGUCGAGAGACUAAGGUUUUAUGCAAAUGAGAAUAGAGAAUUAACUAAGAAGGCUAUAAUAUUGGAGACGGAUGAGCUAUAUAAAGGAGGUACAGAUGAUUUGUAUGUUAAAAAAGAAGUUGAUUAUGAAUAUUAUUCAUCACUUGGAGAUGACAUUUCUGAUAUAAGCCUAAGUGUAGCGGAGAAUCAGAUAGAGAGUGUUGAAGCAAUUGAUCCGUGGGAUGAGCGAAGAGAUGAGCAGAACGAAUCUUGCAGUUUUAGCAACGACAUGAUUAGGACGACGUUUCUGAGAUCGUCUCUAGAGAGAGGAGAUAGUAAUGAAGAAGGAUUUAUGACAAGCCAUGAAGCGAAUCCUAGAUGUAUUGAGGAAUUCUACUUACAAAAGGUUUUUGGAAUGAAAGAGUUUCGGACUAACCAGAGAGAGGUGAUAUGUUCAUGCAUGGCAGGGAGGGAUGUGUUUGUAUUGAUGCCGACAGGAGGAGGAAAGAGCAUAUGCUACCAACUGCCAGCAUUGAUAGAUGAUGGGAUUACGAUAGUGAUCAGUCCUUUGCUUUCUCUUGUACAAGACCAGAUAUACAAUCUUCUACAGAAAGGGAUUCUUGCGCUUCCAAUUAACUCAAAUCUAAGUCAAUCUGAACGAAGUCUUGUUUUUGAUGUUCUUGGAGGGGAGGAGACUUUAUGCAAGAUAUUUUAUGUAACGCCAGAGCUUGUUGCAAAGAGUGGGCAUUUCCAUGAUGUUUUGAGUAAUCUUGUCCGUAGGAACAAGCUGAAGAGGUUUGUGAUAGACGAGGCGCAUUGUGUGAGUCAAUGGGGACAUGACUUUCGACCUGAUUACAAAGAGCUUGGAAGCAUAAGGCAGCGCUAUCCAAAUGUUCCGAUUAUUGCAUUAACGGCCACUGCAACACAGAGGGUAGAAAUGGAUAUUCUGGAGAACCUAAGAAUCCGAGGAUGCGAAAGAUUCCGGAUGAGUUUCAACAGGGCUAAUCUGAGGUAUGAAGUGCGUGCAAAGACAAGCACAGUUGAGAUAGACAUGGUUAGUUUUGUGCAAACACACUUUCCAGAUUGCUGCGGAAUAGUUUAUUGCACAUCUAAGAAGGAAUGUGAGAUGAUCAGUGAACGACUCAGGAAGUAUGUGAAGACUGCUUUCUAUCAUGCAGGGCUGAGCAAAAACGAAAGGAAUAGUGUACAAGAGAGAUGGAACAAUGGUGAUGUGAAGGUGAUUGUUGCAACGAUAGCAUUUGGAAUGGGGAUUGACAAGAAGGAUGUGAGGUUUGUGAUUCAUUAUUGUAUACCGAAGUCUCUGGAAGGGUAUUAUCAGGAGACAGGACGAGCAGGAAGGGAUGGACUUGAGAGUGUAUGUGUGCUGUUCUAUACGUAUGGAGAUAAGAAGAAGAUUACGUUUAUGAUUGAGAAGGGAGACGGAGGAUAUGAGCAGAAGCAACGCCAAAGGGAUGAUUUGGAAGCAGUGAUUCAGUUCUGUGAGAACAAGACUGAUUGCCGCAGGAUGCAGGUGUUGGCACAUUUUGGAGAAGUUUUUGAUGCAAAUCAAUGUGGAAAGACGUGUGACAAUUGUAGACGCGAAUCUGUGGUUAAGAAAGAUUAUGUAAAGGAGGCGAAGGACCUUAUUCUGCUUGUUUAUACAAGUAACAAGAUUACGCUAUGUCAGACGGUUGAUGUGUACAAGGGAGUGUCCACAAAGAAGAGUAAAGAGUUUUUUGGGAGUGAGUAUUAUGGAAAAGGGGUGAAGAUGAGCCGAACGACUAUAGAGAGGAUAUUGAGGAACCUGAUAAGCCAGGGAUAUAUUCAGGAGAAGGUUGAGGCUGCAGACCGUAGGUUUUCGUGGGCAUAUCUUAUUGCAAAGAAGACGAGGAUAGAGAAGCUUGAGAUUGUUGAGGAAGAGGAGCCUGUGACAUUGAAGAAGACAGAUCGGAAGAAGCCAAUCAAGAAGAUUAAAAGAUGA